CUGUCUGGAGCCAAUGGAGUCCUCUCAGCUCUGUUAGGCCUGAUUGAGUUAUGCUCAAUCCUCUGGUCUGUUCUGGGGUGUCUUGGUGACACUCUUAUACAAACAGGUUGUUUUCCUCAAUCUGGACCAUUUAUUUAUUCAAACUUUCCAGGUUGGAACACCAUCCAGGUUCAAGGGAUGGAUCAAAUUUUAUAAUUAUAAUAAGUAAUUUAAAUAAUUCGCAUUACUAAAGGUUUUCAUCAAACUGGGUACUUAUAUAAUGUUGCUUUAUAUGAAACCAACAUCCAUAGCUCCAAGGUUGCUGCGUUUACUGCUUCAUUUUCUACACCUGCUUCACCCUGCUCAGGGUCAUGGAGGACUAUAGCUUAUCCCAGCUGUUAUUGGUUGAGACGCUGUGUAAACUAGUGUGGACAGCAUGCCAGUCCAUCACUGGCUCACGUGGACCAAAACAACUCUGAUAGCUUAUGCUCAGGGUCAAUUUAAAAUGACCAGCCAAUGUGUGGUAAGAUAAAGGAGGAGACCAGGAAAAAACAUUCAGACAAAAAGCUCCAGUUUGUACUAAAAAAAAAAAAAAUUAAAAAAAAAAUAAAAAACAGAAAUAUUUGUUUUAAUAUUUUAUAUGUUUUCUCUAUCAAAUGUUCAAAAUAUUGUUGCUAUUGCAGCAGGAGUGUUUGAAGUUCCACUCCGAUCAUAUUUUGAUUAUUUCCCAGAGAUCUUUCAUUAUGAUUGUGACAUUUUUAGCUAAAAUUAAAAAAAACUGUCUUGUUUUCUAAGACAUAGUUUCUGUAAAGCUAUAGUAGUAGUUCAAUAGAAAUUUGCCUCAAGGCAACCCCACCCCCUUUCCCUCCCAGUUGGUUGUGGACCACCCAACAUAUUUCACAAUUUGAAUAAAUCAAGUUUUACACUUAAUCCUUUAAAGCCCAUCCAUCCCUUAUGGGGUCACAGGGCUGCUAGAGCCAAAUCCGGCUACCAUCGGGUCACCUGAACAGGUCGUCAGUCUGCCGCAGGGCAACAAUAAUACACACUCACAUUCACACCUAGUGACAAUUUAGAGUCAUCAGUUAACCUUUGAAGCAUGUUUUUGGAUAGUGGGAGGACGAAAACCAAAACAUGUACAGGGAGAACUCCACACUUAAAGGUCCCAGCCGGGACUUGAGCUGGGACCUUCUUGCUGUGAGGGCAAGAGCGCUAACCCCUGCAGCCCCCUAUAAAGCCCUAUCAAAUUAUUGACAGUAAAUUAAAAAAAAAAUAAAAAAAAAUGGAAUUAAGAUGUUAUUUUAAAUCCUUAGAUAAAACCCACAAAAAUAUUUUGAAAUAUACAUAUUUUUAAUGAUAGAUGAUAUCAGUUAUGAUAUGUUGGUGGAUUUGGUAAGAGGUAAUUUUUUAUGAGGGUGAAUUUUUAAGGCACUUUAAUAUUCCAAACCAUUUUCCUAAACUGUCAGUUUUUUAGUGUAAGAGCACUGUUGAUGAGAAACGGCAGCACCUCCUGUUGCGAACAGUUAAAGUGACAGGGCUCAAACUGAGGCAGGGAGGAAGCAGGAGGAGGAGGAGGAGGAGGAGGAGGAGUGAUGACAGGAGCUGGCAGAGCCGGCGAGGAGCCGCGCACAUUGUACUUUGAGCGAGAGGAAGAGCGCGCGCAGCGGCUCUCCAUCACUUCACUUUCUGCGCGCAAACGGGAGAACAAAGGAGCCAGGAUGUAGACUGGGUCCUCCAGCGCUCACAUGUCUCUCUGCAGGACGCAGCUUCUGACGCUUCCGUGCGCAGAGUAGUUCAUUGCAUUAGUUUGGCUGCGGUUUGCGGGAGUUCAUCGGUUGGUCCACGGGGGAAAGAAGUGCUGCUCACCGGCUCUGCUCCACAGAUGGAUUAGAGUACCUGUCUUUUACCUGUAGACUGCAUCCGGACGGAAGCUGCUUCAGUUUUGGGAUUUUAAUCAACUGCCCACUCUUCUUUUCUUGGAUGCCACCUUCAUCCACAGCCAGUCAAGCCUGAAGGUGAGGAAGACUACUUCCCCCAUUCUGCUUUGCAAUGGCAACGGGAGUGGCAGCGUGGCUUCCCUUUGCCAGGGCUGCAGCCAUUGGCUGGAUGCCUGUGGCCAACUGCCCCAUGCCCAUUGCCCCAAGAGACAACACCAAGAGGCAAGAUGAGCUGAUCAUCCUGAACGUCAGCGGACGGCGCUUCCAGACGUGGAGGACCACGCUGGACCGCUACCCAGACACCCUGCUGGGCAGCUCUGAGAAGGACUUCUUCUACAACGAGGACACUAAGGAGUACUUCUUUGACCGGGACCCGGACGCCUUCAGGAGCAUCCUUAACUUCUACCGGACAGGAAAGCUGCAUUACCCGCGCCAUGAGUGCAUCUCGGCGUACGAUGAGGAGCUUACGUUCUUUGGCAUCAUCCCAGAGAUCAUCGGUGACUGCUGCUAUGAAGAAUACAAGGACAGAAAGAGGGAAAACUUGGAGCGGCUGCAGGACGACCAGGAGGAAACCAAGGACAUGAAGCUGCCGAACAUGAGCUUCAGGGAGACCAUGUGGCGCGCCUUUGAGAACCCCCACACCUCCACUAUGGCCCUGGUCUUCUACUAUGUCACAGGCUUCUUCAUUGCCAUCUCAGUCAUCACUAAUGUGGUGGAGACAGUGCCCUGUGGUUCCACUUUCAACCAGAAAGAUAUGCCUUGCGGUGAGCGCUACACCGUGGCCUUCUUCUGCAUCGACACCGCCUGUGUCAUGAUAUUCACCGUGGAGUACCUGCUUCGUUUGUUCGCCGCGCCCAGUCGCUACCGUUUCAUGCGCUCCGUCAUGAGCAUUAUCGAUGUAGUGGCUAUCUUGCCGUACUACAUCGGUCUGGUGAUGACCAACAACGAAGACGUGAGCGGCGCCUUUGUAACUCUGCGCGUGUUCCGAGUGUUUCGGAUAUUCAAGUUCUCUCGCCACUCGCAGGGCCUUAGGAUCCUCGGCUACACUCUGAAGAGCUGCGCCUCAGAGCUGGGCUUUCUCCUCUUCUCCCUCACCAUGGCCAUCAUCAUCUUUGCCACCGUCAUGUUCUACGCUGAAAAGGGUUCCAGCUCCAGCAAGUUCACCAGCAUCCCAGCCUCCUUCUGGUAUACCAUCGUCACCAUGACGACACUGGGGUACGGAGACAUGGUACCAAAAACUAUUGCUGGAAAGAUUUUUGGUUCCAUCUGCUCUCUGAGUGGCGUGCUGGUGAUCGCUCUGCCCGUUCCAGUCAUCGUCUCCAACUUCAGCCGUAUCUACCACCAGAACCAGAGAGCGGACAAGCGCCGUGCUCAGAAGAAAGCCAGGAUGGCCAGGAUAAGAAUAGCCAAGUCCGGGAGCGCCAACGCCUUCCUGCAGAGCAAACGCAACGGACUCCUCAGUGAACUGCUGGAGCUGACGGGUAAAGACGAGGAAGAUCAGAAGUCGGUGUCUUUAUUGGAGAGCCAACACCACCACCUACUGCACUGUUUGGAGAAAACCACAGCUCACGAGUUUGUGGACGAGCAAAUGUACGAGCAGAACUUUUUAGAGACGGCGCUGCAGACUUUUCCGUCUCACAGCCCCUCCACCGCCAGCCACGACAGUCCCGCAGUGACCUGCUGCAGCCGGAAGGAGAGGCGGAACACUCCUCUUCCCAGCGCCGGCCUGCCUCCUUCACACCCCAGCUCAGCCCACCAGAGCGCACUACACGAGCUGAGCGCCAUCCGCAUACACUGUGGCGACCCGCUGUCGCACAGCACCAGUCGCUCAAAUCUGAACGUGAAACCUGAUGACAGCAGCAGAAUCAACAGCAAAAGCGGUCGCAUCACCACGGCCAUCAUCAGCCUCCCAUCACCUCCGGCUUUAUCCUCGGACGGCGACGGCCUCCACGGCCCGUUGCAGCGAAGGUCGCACCCUCCCAGCAUCCAGACCACAGCCAGCUCAGCCGGAAUCAACAUUGUCAAAGUGUCGGCUCUGUGACUGCCAGCCUCGGGGCGCAGGUCGGCUCAAAAAGGAGGGAAAAAGUCGAGGUAACGUCACCCUGAAGGACGCUGUGUCCCUUCCACAGGGAAAUGAAGAGAACUCCCGAAUGAUGGAGACGUCACUAAUGAACUUUAGGUUUUUGAACUGAAUCAAGCACCUGUCAUAAAGUCUAAGUACUGUAGAUACAGAGAUUUGCUGCAUUUCUAAGAGUUUCUUAAAGAGGUUCAGAUGUUUUGCAACAACUGUGGAAAAGAACUAAAAAAAAAAAUUCCCACAUACUGAUAAAAUUCCACAAAACUGACUGUAAAGUGAACUUUAAGUUAAAAAAAGAAAGAAAAAGAUGUUGAUUGUAUUUAUUGGAACUUGAUUGGUCUUGUGUUUUUGUGUUGUCUUAAGUAUUUUGAAGUGAGACUAAAAAAAAGAAGAAAAUCCUAGUUUUUUUUUUCUGAAUCAUCUGGAAAAAAAAACUUUUACCCAAAGCUGCUAUGAUCCUCCGUGAAAUGUGACUCAUACAUCAGAGAAGACGUGACCGCCGCCGUCUUGUGAAAGACUCCAAUCAACAUGGUUUUAGCUCUUGUUGGAAGCAGAUUUUUAUCAGAAUGACUUCAGAUGACUUUAGAUGUUAUAUAGAAUCACUGAUUAUUUGAAAGAAAAUAACCACAAUAAUACUAAAAUUCACCAUCCGAUAUUAGUAUUAAUUGAAAAUAUUUAAAAAAAUAUGGUAAAGUUUAUAUUACAUUUUAUUUUUUAAAUCUUAAUUUGUUCUUUUCAGUUAGGGUAUUUGUCAUGAUAAAAAUGUUAAUUAUAAUAGUUCAUUACACUUAGAAAUGAUUAAUUGAAUGGAGAAAAUGGUAAAGAUCACACAAAAAGAUAUUUAUAGUUACACAUAUUUUUAUUAAAUCAUCAAUUUCAGUCAGAUCAAGUCCAAAUCACAGAUCAAAGUGCUUAGACACUUUUAUAAUAACAAAUUGAUUGUAGUAUUUGUUCUGACAAAACUGCAGCAUUCCUAUAAAUAGCUAGAAGCAUCAAAUUGCUAGAAAAUCCAAAGAUUUUCCCUUUGAACUUCACUGAAUUCAUAUGGAACAAAUGUCACAUGAACUCCUAGCAAAUUUGGGCAAAAAUGUAUCUUAACGUUAAAGUGUGAAAAUUGUGUUCUUGGUGAUUUUCAUCACAAAUAAUUUAAGAUUGAAACUGCAUUUUUGAGUAGAAAGGGAUGAUGGGAAAUGAGGGUAGACUUACUUUCCACCAACAGUUAACUUCUGAUGAACUAAUGCUGCUUUAUAAAGGCUAAUCCUUUUGGGUUAAAAUGUUAGAACCAUAAUUGAAAGAAAUGCAGCAUUACACAGUGUCAAAUUUCUCAUUUCUGUCUCCAAUCAGUCACAAUGUUGUUUCUUACUGUCGCACAGUCAGAAUCAGAAAUGUUUUUUUUUUCUGCCAGAACUUCUUCCCCACUGUAAAUUGUGUUCUCUUUUACAUGUUUUUUUGUGUGUUUUUAUGAAGCUGCUGAAAGACAAGCUGUCUGUGAACAAAACCAACGGUGCCGCCUGUGUAUCUUUAAGUGAUGUGAAGUAAGUUCUGGGUGAAAUCCAGAGGAGCCAAAAACACAGUGAGCUCUCAAGAAAAGACGUGUGUGAGUCUGCUGCAGGAACCAGAUUAACAAGCACAUCCUUUUAAGUCCACAUGUGAGAAAAAUCAACCAGCAUGGUUGGUUUAACGAAAACAUACAAUACACUCACACACAUGCAUACCUCAGAUUAAAAAUACACUCACACACUGUUUGAAAAGGUACUUAUGGUAGCACAAAGUUAUUGUUAAAUCUCUUUUUUGUGUAAAAAAGCUUCCAUCCAGUUUGGGUCCAUUGCAGAAAAAGUUUUUUAAAAGGGUAUUAAGUUUGCCUCUCAUCUAAGAAACAUUCAGUAAACAUUAUUUGUUUUUAGCAGAAUAAAAAAAAAAAAAAAACAUUUUUAGUAUCAACAGCUCCACAUGUCAAAACUCAUAGCAGCCAGAGACCAUGAAUGCUGGAUUAUUGAUAAUUCAAGAAGGUUAAAGCCUUUAUUUUAAAUCACAGAUUGAAGUUUAUAAAAGUUCAUACAUGUUUUAUAGCGUUAAAAAAGAAAAACUAAACAUCCAACAGCUCAGUCUUGCAAAUUUUAACAUAAAACUCUGAUUUUGGAUUUAUAUUAUUUUCAAAUUAAAUUAGAAAGCUACAAAUGUACAAAUAUAUUUGAAGUAAUUUGUCAUUUCCAUUUAAAUAUUUGUUUUUCAAAGUUCUUAAACUAGCUGUGUUGACAGCAGAACUCUGAUAACAGUCAAAAAAAGAAAAGAAAUGAUAAAAAGCAUAAAAUUGUACCAUUUAAUCUGGUUUAAAUAUAAAGGGGGGAUCUUCAAAGAGCCCAUAGGUGCUUCUGAAGUUAGUUUUUCAUCAUGUUUUCUUGUUCAUCUGAUAUGAAAGAGUAUAUUUUCUAGGGGUGUAACGAUUCAGUUUAAGAAUGAUUUGAUUCAUAUCAUAAUUUGUGGUUGAUCCAUAGUCGACUUUGGUUCGUUUAAACUAUCCAGUUCACCGACUUAAAAUCAAUUCAAGACAUCUAUAGUCAAAAUAUUCAACCAGUGGGACUCAGACUAAGCUUUCCAGAUCAUUUUUGUAUUUUUUUGCGAGAUGAUCAAGAAUAAAUUAUAUAUGUGAACAAACAAAAAGGGUCAACUAGAAUUCAUGACAAACCCAUUCAUAUUUCGUCAAUUCCUCUUCGUGGAUCAUUCUGAUUAAUUGAUUUAUCGUUACACCCCUACUAUUCCUUGUUGUGAGUCAGUAAAUGUUCAUACCUGUUCAGAUUUUUUAAACAAGAUUUAAUGGUAGAAUUCCCACCUAAUCUGCUAGAAUUCUUUAGGUUCAAACAUUGUCGUAUUUAUUUUCACUAAUUUAUUUCUUUAUUCUAGAUUUACUGCUGUGCCUUCAUUUACAGUUAAAGCUCAGACACUUGAUAACAAAGACAAAUGUAAGCAUUCAUUUUUUUUUUCAUUUAUUGAAAUUUUUUGUUUUUUUAAGUUUAGCAAAACCCUAUUUUUUUAAGUUUUCUGAAUUUGCAGCCUGAAACCAAUUCUCUGUAUCUGUCACCACUUUCCCACAUUUGUACUUUUUAACUGCCACUACAAAAUAAAAGCCUAAAAACAGUUUCAAAGGAAAAGAAAAAAGACCGAUAUGAAACUGACAUUCAUCUAAGCUUUUGGGAAUCCUCACUUUCUUUUUCCUGAUUGAUCUUUUUCUUUCUGAAAAAGGUCACCGUCACCUUCAGAUUCACUGCUUUGCCUCAAGUCAAAAAAAAUGUUGAUCUAUUUUUCUGUGACAGUUGAUCAAAUGACUUUUUACAGAAAAGAUCAUCUGACAGAAGAACACUAUGUAUAGAUCCACUUUUACUGCCUUUGUAGAGAAUUCUCAGACGUCAGGAUGUUUGACUUCUGAUUCCUGAGAGCGUCCAUCAUGAGUUUUUCACAGUGAUGACCACCAGAUGGCAGCAGAGAUGCAUGAAGGCGCUGGGACCCUUUAUGAGCAGACUUCAGCUGCACAUUGUUGCCCAGUUGAACUCUUGUUUGGACUAGUUUGUGACUAUCUGCCAGCUGUGCUAUGGUUGUAUGUGCCAAAUGAACCUCGUGUUUAUUAGUUGUUUUGAUUUGCCCAAAUGGAAGUUGUUCAAAUUGAAUUCAUGAAGCAGCACUGUUUUGGUGUAUUGGUGUAUUUUGUGUUGGAUCUCUGUACUUUGUCAUGUUUUAAAUUGGAGAUGAGAGUAUUGUGCCAGCGUGUUAGUUUGCUUUGCAAUCCUUCAUAACAACUGAGAAGUUAUCGUCCAGCUUUUGCAGAGCGGAACAAACUCGAUUUCAGUCUCAUUGAAACAAAAUCUGAAUAAUUUUGGCAAAUCUGCCAACGGUUCUGAAGACUUUUGUCACACUAAAGUGACUGGAGUCAUUACUAUGUGACGGAUUUGGCUUCAAAAGCUUUGUGCUUUUUUUAAAGUCUUGGCACUGUUGUUUUGUGUUGUUUCCUAACUUUUUACUUUUUGAACUGAGUUUUUUUUGUCUGUUUGCUGAGUAUAAAAAGAUUCUGUCAGUUUGUUUGUUAAUUCAACUAUCAAGCGUCAGAUUAAAAUCUGCUACAACUAUCAA